AUGUGGCGACAGGUGUGGCAUCGGAGUUACGCCACCAAUCCUUUUGGUAUCAAACUUUUACCGGAGGCCAUCCGGAGCCAAUUGUUCAUCCAACCCCCGACCUCUCAAGUUGACCAACAACCCCCCGAGCAAGUCCAGAAAGCCUUAGCUAGCCUUCAUGAGUUCGAAUUGAAGCCUGAAAUCCAACAAAAUGAGUUGUCUUCCGAUGAUUCAUUUCCCAUCAAAUUGCCCCAAUUGUAUGGAGAUGUGGAAUCGCAUUUCUACAAAAUCGCCUCAGAACAAGUCCAGCCAUACCAAACCAUUCUGAAGCACCUUCUUCAAUCCCCGAUCUUAGCCCAACCCUCCCAAUGGAUCUAUGAACCGGGCUGGACUAGAUACGCCCCCAAUGGUCGUCCGGAGAGAGUCGACUAUCCAUGGGAACCUUGCUGCUCGUUCGACGUCGAAGUCUGCGUCCAGGAUGGCCAUCAUCCCGUACUAGCUACGGCCUUAACGGAUCAGGCUUGGUACGGGUGGUGUUCGCCGCACUUAAUCCAAGGCACCAAUCCUGAGACGUUAACGCCGGAAGAUCUCAUUCCAAUGUCGGAUCCAAACUUGAAGCAACCUCGAUUGGUCAUAGGUCACAAUGUGAGCUAUGAUCGUGCUCGUUGCGGCACGGAAUAUCUCUUGAGUGACACAAACACUCGUUUCUUGGACACGAUGUCCCUGCACAUUGUGGUCAACGGGAUGACGAGCGGCCAACGGAUGUUGAAGGCCAAGUACCAAAGUCAAGAGAGCUCUGACCAAUCGGAUAGCGAGACAGUCAUGCCCAAAUGGGUCGACCACACGGCCUUGAAUAGUCUCCGCGAUGUCUACCAGUUCUAUUGCCAAGGCCACCUAGCCAAGGAUGACCGAAACGUGUUUGUCAAAGGCACUUUGACGGAUAUUCAGGAUGACUUUCAGAACCUGAUGACUUACUGUGCCACCGAUGUCGAGGCCACUCUGAAGGUCUUGUGUGCGCUUUAUCCCAUGUUCCAAGAUCGAUGUCCCCAUCCGGUCUCCUUUAGUGGGAUGCUUGAAAUGGGCUCGGCCUUCUUGCCCAUUAGUGCUCGAUGGGAACAUUACCUCCAAGAAGCCAAUGAGACGGCCUUCGAGGUGGAGCAGGAAAUGCACACAAUGCUGGCCAGGCAAACCGAAGAAGCCGUCCAAUUAGCUCGAGAUCACCGCUUUGAACGAGACAUGUGGUUGUGGGAUCAGGAUUGGUCACGCCCUAAACUCAGGUUCAAAUUAGACAAGAGGAAAAAAGGAGCCAUGGAAGUGAGUGUGGGGCCCAAUGAUGAUCGAAGAACUCAAUUGAGAAAGAAGUUUAGCAAGUUGUUCGGAUCAGCCGAAUGUUUAGCCAAGAUUCAACCGAAGAAACCGGGCUAUCCCAAAUGGUUCCAGGACCUGUGUGAACGACCUCCGGGCAGCUUCUAUCCCGUGUUAGGUGAGCUUACACCUUCGAAGAAGAUUGUGCCCAAAAUACUGAGGCUCAAGUGGAUGAACUACCCCGUCCAUCGACAUGAGACCCACAAGUGGGGCUACAUCAUGCCGUGCUCCCAUGACCAUCCACUAGAUAGAGCCAGCUUAUUAGAACUAGGUGAAAACGUGUUCCCAAUGAACCAAUUGGAACACACUUUAGAGAGAGACAGAAAUCAAGACAGUGACGUCUUCAUUACAGAGCCACCCGAUUUUCCGAGGAAUGCCACACCUUUUACUCGAGCAGAAACACCGGAUUCAGACAUGGAAGUGCUUAUUAGUGAGAUUCCAGGCGGAAAAUUCGUGCGACUGCCUCACAAAAAUGGCAAAGGAAGUAAUGUCGGCAACCCCUUGUCCAAAGAUUUUCUGACAUACGUCAAGGAAGGCAUUCUGAGGACCGAAUCCGAGGGUCAAGCGGCCAAAAUCUUGAUGGGAGCCAAAUCCUGCGCUUAUUGGAAGAGCAAUCAAGAUCGAAUCACGGGCCAGAUGGUCGUCAAAUCAGGAGAUCAGGGCAAUAUCAUCCUGCCUAUGAUUGUGUCUGCGGGCACAUUGACCCGUAGAGCUGUCGAACGCACUUGGCUCACGGCUUCCAACGCUCGACCAGACAGAAUUGGGUCGGAAUUCAAGGCAUUGGUUGAAGCCCCGCCAGGUUAUCGUUUGGUCGGGGCUGAUGUUGAUAGCCAAGAGUUGUGGAUCGCGGCGGUUUUGGGUGAUGCCAAUUAUCUGAGAGAACACGGUUGCACUCCCUUGGGAUGGAUGACUCUGCAAGGCACCAAAGCCGAUGGAACCGAUAUGCAUUCAGUGACAGCCAAAACAGUUGGCAUCUCCAGGGAUAACGCCAAGAUCUUGAACUAUGGCCGGAUUUACGGCGCUGGUUUGGCCUUUGCGAGCACUUUGCUCAAGCAAUUUAAUCCUAGUUUAGAUGACGCCGAGGCCAAGCGAUUGGCCUCCUUGAUUUAUACGAAGACCAAAGGACGACGCGAAUACCAACUCAACUCCAUUGGAGCUAAAUGCAAGGCCAUUUGGCUCAAAACCAAAGGCCACACCGACUUGGAAGCCACUUACAAAGAGUCCAAAGGCCAAUUGAUUAGUCGACAAGAAUUCUAUCAACUCGUGCGAAUUCGAAACAAGUGGAAGUUCGUCGUGGAGAAAGAACUUGACGAAGACAAUCUGUACCUACUGAGUCCGGAAGGCCAAGACUUGGCCUUGAACUUCCUAGGUCACACAGAUGUGACUGUGAAUCUUACAACUUUGGCUAAUCUGAUCAUUUCCAUGGGAUCGAUGACCUACGAAUCUUCCCGGGAACUGGAUUUCCGUGCCAUUCAAAAGGAAAUUUGUUCCCGAUUAGCUUGGGUCGGUGGAACAGAGUCCGAAGCCUUUAACCGACUUGAAGGGAUCGCCUUGAGUUUCAGUCCAAAGACCCCCGUUCUCGGUUGCAAGAUCUCCAAGGCCUUGGACUCGGCCAUGGUGGGCUCGGAUUUCUUGCCCAGUCGCAUCAAUUGGGUGGUGCAAAGCUCUGCAGUGGAUUAUCUCCAUCUACUGCUAACCGCCAUGAAAUGGUUGAUCUCGGAGUACGGCAUUCAAGCCCGUUUUGUCAUCUCCAUUCAUGACGAAGUCAGAUAUUUGGUCCACGAGAACGAUGUAUAUCGAGCGGCGCUGGCCUUGCAAAUCUCGAAUGUUCUAGUCCGAGCCAUGUUUGCCUCCAGACUGAACAUGAACUCUCUGCCGGAGAGUGUGGCCUUCUUCUCGUGUGUCGACCUUGAUCGGGUCCUUCGGAAAGACCCGUUCUCGGAUUGUGUGACCCCUAGCAAUCCCCAAGGAUUGGCUCUGGGUCAUGGAAUUCCACCUGGAGAAGGAAUCACCGUUGAUGACCUAGUCGCCUUAUCUAAUCUAACCGGUUUACAUCCUGCAAAUAAACAGUCCGCCUUAUAGUA